GGUAUAAGACUUUGAACUCUGGCACUAUCCAUUUAACGUUUUAUUAUAGAGUUAAUCGCAUUAUUGUGCUGAAAUAUAUUUUACAAAAUGCCAUGGUGUUGCGGGGAAAGUUAUAGAGUGAACGAAGAUUAUUGCUCGCCAAAACACAAACGGGAUCAUUCCUUCAAAGCAAUUAUAAGCUUUAUGUUAAUUGUGCUUAUAUUGUUUGUUGUGAUUUAUUGUCUACUUGUUUUAGUUACUAAAGUCAGGCAUGAUUCAUCAAAUGCUGGACUCCAAACCACAACGAAUAAAACCAAAAUUGAUGAUAAUUAUCAUGAGCUGGAUACGUCAACAAAUAUUUUAAUUACAUCUUCAGAAGAGCCUUCGUUAUUGGAACAUUCAACUGAUUCAAAUCUUGAAACUGCUGAAACUUUAAAGUCUACAGAGGCAUCGACUAAUGAGCGUUUAAAUUCUGAUGGCACAACUGAACUAACGCAUAAAAAUUACUCCGAAAUUAAUAGCAAACUAGUUUCUGAAAAAGAGGAACAAACAACUAAUGGAAAGUCUGAAGAACAGACCCCAAAAUUAACCACAACUGUUGAAUUAAGUUCGUCGGAUGGAUCUAGCAAAGAAAGCAGCACUGUUCGCAAGACUAGUGACUUAUAUAAUUCAACAACACCAAAACCAACAUCCACUACAACCAGCUCAGCCCAUGUAGGGCAUACGAACCCUACAACCCAUACGAUUGAAGAUCAAAGAAACUCUACACCAAUUUCUAUGCGAAACUGGACAACAACUUCUACAGAGCAUAGCAAUCUCAUAGACAAAGCUUUGGUUGAUAACAUGGAAUUGCUCGUUUCAAACUCAACAAAUAUCUGCGAAGAUUUUCAAUGCAAAGAAAAGGUCGGCGAUAUUCUUCAACAGAUGGAUCACUCUGUAGAUUCAUGCGAAGAUUUUUACCAAUUUGCAUGUGGCAGGAGUACAAGGAAGACUAUGCUUUCGGCAAAAAUGAAGCUUUUGAGAAAAACCCUGGACAAUCCGCCUAAUAAUUUACAAGCAGAACAUUUUAGGAGAUUUGUGAAAAGUUGUGUACAAUUCCAAUAUGGCUUUGAGUAUGGAUAUCAGGAAAAAAUCGAACAAAUCCUUAGCACAAAUAUUCGCUCAAACAAUCUAACGGUAUUAUUAGCUUCACUAAUGGCCAGACAAACUACCCCAUUUUUCGAAGUUAGAUUUGAUCUGAUUAGCACGUCUGAAGGGUUUGGAUUGCAGCUUUUACCACCCAGCGAUUUUUAUAACACUGCAAUACUGCAAAACUGGUCUAUUGAGAGUGAAAUGAAAGAAUAUUGUAUGAGUAUUAGCAGUAUUACACACGCUGAAUCGAAUUUGAAAAGCGCUUAUGAGAAAUACAAAAGCUGUGUCGAAAAGGCAACAAUUCGAGAGAUGAAAGAUUUUUUAUUUAUAACACGUAAUGAAAGUAAACGUAUUGAGCAUUCCAACAAAGGUGACGAUUUUCCACUGAAUAUGAAACGAAUUCCAGAUAUUGACAUUCAAUUCGCUCUAACCAAUCAGCGAUAUACCAAAACCGAUAUUGCAAGUUUGAAUAAGAAAUACAGCAGUAUUGAUUGGGGUGUAUUUUUCAACGUAAUGUUCCACAAUAAGUUCAAACAGUCAAUGCCCAUUUAUCUGUAUAUGCAGAAUUCAUAUUUUGACGAUGUCAUGGCAGAGUUAAAAAAUAGAUUAACAAAUGAUGAAGAUGAAGUUUUGCACAAAGUGAAACAGUUCUACCAGUUCCAGUUUUAUCAAAGUCUGGUCGUUUCAAAACCAAACCCAGAAAAUUUUUGCAUCAAACAAGCCCAGGAUUUAAUGCCGGAGAUAACAGAAUCAAUAUUUGCAGCCGAGUUCCAUCAGACUUUGGCAAUAGAUCGUGUUAAGACCGUGUUUCAACUGCUAAAAGACAAAUUUGUGCGACUAUUAACUGAUGGAAUAAUUGGCAUGGAAAAUCAUACUAAACGAUAUUUAAAAGCACGAUUGCGAAAUCUAAAGCUUUCGUUUUUUGGAAGCGAUUGGAACAAUAAGAAAGACCCUUUACCUCUACCUGGUAAUGACUAUAUUUCGUAUUUAUUAGUGUCGUUGGAUGCGAGAAGAUGUUUGAUCGACCAACCGAUCAAUCCCAAUCUUACUUUUUCUCAGUAUGAAUAUCCUGCAGUAAUUCCCAACAGUGAAACAGUUUUCGUAUCAAAUAACUUCUUGUAUAGAAUCUUGAAGGACGACCAAAAUCCAGCAUAUAUAACAGAACUUUACCUAAGAUUUCACCUUAGUAGGGCCAUAGCUGGGUUUUUAGAUGAAGUCACUGGGCGUAUUGAUACAUCUUUUUGGACCGAAUUUAAGGAUAGUUUAAGAAGUAAUUUGGAAAUUUCUGAAGGAAGCCGGAACUGGAAUGGACAACAAAUUACUUAUAAUGAGGAUCCAGGAAGAUGGAAAAAAUUAGUUAAUGCUUCAGCUUCUGAACUGCUAGCCGAUAAUUUAGCAUUGCAAAUAGCAUUUGACGAUUUUUCGUCAUAUGCAGGUAAUGAUCGAUUGCCAUGGAUUGCUAAUGAUCUAACUACUAAACAACAGUUCUUUAUACUAAUUGCUCAAGAUUAUUGUCAACCACUUACUCUAACAGAAAUGGCUCAGAAAUUAUACGAAUCGCCAAAUAUCCCGAAUGUUUUCCGAGUUACCACCAUGAUGUCGAAUUCCAAAGAUUUCGAAGCAACAUUCAAAUGCGCUCGUGGCAGUGGCAUGAAUCCAGAAGAAAAAACCGAAAUCAAAACAUUUAAGCCACAAGAAAGCUUCUUUCUGAUUAGCAAAUAAAACGUUCAUUUUAAGGUUCUAGAAUCUAGGAUCUGGCAAUAGAUUUUGAUAGAUGCUAGUUUAUUGAUCUAGUACUGAACUAGAUAAGUAGUCCAUGUAGUCAAACAGAUCUAUAUAAUUGAUAAAAUUAUAUUAUUUUUGUGGUAUUA